AUACUAUAAAAAUUCAUGUCGAUUAAAAUUAGUCUACGUGUUUCUUGUGUCUGCCUGCAGAGAGCGACAUUAGUCGCUUUAAAUAAAAAAAGAAAACCAAUAUGGCGCAAUCCAUUCUUGAUUAAUGUGUUGACCGGGUUGUAUAAUUCUAUUAGGAGUUUUUCAACGACCGCUGAUAAGAUUGCUAACCUCGUUAAGAAAAACAAAGUUGUGGUGUUCAUGAAAGGUAUCCCAGACAGUCCCAAGUGUGGCUUUAGCAAUGCUGUUGUACAAAUAUUGAAGAUGCAUGAUGUCAAGUACGAUGCUCAUGAUGUUCUUGAAGAUGAAUUGCUCAGACAAGGUAUCAAGGAUUUCUCAAACUGGCCAACCAUACCCCAAGUCUUCAUAAAUGGAGAAUUUGUAGGAGGAUGUGACAUUCUUUUAGAAAUGCACAGAAAUGGCGAACUGGUGGCUGAAUUAAAAAAAGUAGGUAUUACAAGCGCACUUUUAGAGAAGCAGGAAUCUCAAGAAAAGGAAGGCAAGGAUUAAGGAUGCUUGACUAUUUAGCGUGUUUGUAAUUUGUAAAUAAAACGAUUGUUUGAUGAUGAUUAUUGAAUUUUGUUACAAUAAAAUUGUUUUCAUUUACAUGAUA